AUGUCUCAAUCAUGUUCGAUAAUCAACUGCAUCCUAACAUCACGUGGGCUAUGUGAUUGUUGUCAGCAAUAUCUUUGUUUAAAACAUUUGAUUGAACAUAAUGCUUCACUCAUUACUCAACUUAGCCCUUUAACUGAUGAAAUAAUUGCACUUGAAGAUCGUCUCAAAACACUAAACAUUCAAAAAAUAAUUGACAAUAGUUGUGAGAAACUUGAAGAAUGGCGUCAAGCUUGUCAUAAGAAGAUUGAUUCUUAUUUUGAACAAAAAUGUGAAGAAAUUAAUCAAUUUGUUAAUGAAAGAGUUAAUCAACAACAAGAAGAACUCAAUCGACUACAAUUGAAGAUAACUAAACUCAUCAAUGUACAAGAAACAACUCGUCUAGACAUUGGCUUAUUGACAUCAACUAUUCAUCAACUCGAAAGAAAUAUAAAUAAUAUCGACCAGACACAUUUUACGAUCAAUACGUGUCCAUUAGUAAUAGAUGAUACCCUCGUUCAUAUCAAGAAAACGGCUGAACAUGAACUUGAUCUAUCCACUCUUUCAUCUGUCUAUAGAACAAUUCAUCGUCCAGAGGGAAGUUUCCGACCAUUUACUGUUAAUGAUCGAUACUUCUUGAUACAUCAACAUCCAAAUAUAUGUUUAUUUGAUCAAGAAAUGAACAUAGUCAACCAAACAUUAUGGUCUUACGGUGGAAUUCUAGAUAUAUAUUGGUCAUCUACAUUAGAUCGAUUCAUUGUAAUUGGAGAAAAGAACAUGUUCCUCAUUAACGAAAAUACAAUGUUAAUUAAUAGUGUACAUACAAUUGCAGAACAAAACUGGAAAUCGUGUACAUGUUCUGAUACAAUUCUCUUUGCAAGCACAACGGAAUGGGGUUCAUCUAUUAUGGAGUUUACACUAUUUCCAGUGAUCGAAUUGAUUAGAGAACGGAAAUGUCCUCUUACAUGUGGUAAAGGUGAAAUUAUUCAUAAUAUUGCUUACCAUAAUGGAAACCUAGCUCUAAUCGUUAAGGACAAAUUUGACACAUCGUCACGCAUUGAAUUAAGAUGUGUAAACACGUUCGAUCGCAUCUGGACACUUCAGUUUGAUAUUAUGUCUGUCCGAAAAAAAGUAUUUCGUUGUUCUUCACUACCAUGUAAUGAAUGGCUUAUUGUCGACUGUGAAAUUGGACGCCUACUUCAGGUUACAAAAGACGGAAAAAUAAAGAAAAUUAUUCAAUAUCAUCCAAGUCCCUGCUAUGCUAUUUUGUUCGAUCGAAAUAAGCUAGCUGUAUCUACUGCGAAUGACAUAAAUCUUCAUACAAUUCAAUCAAAUGAAUGA